UCUAGCACAUGUACUUAGUCAACUAGUCAACAACAGGUCAAGUUGUGUUUUGAAAGCAAAAUGACAAGCAAGAGAACAGACGAAAAUUGUGUAGAACCAGCCAAAUCAGGGAAGAAGAAGAGGAAGACCGAGCCCUCCGGUUUUGUUCCGAAUGAAGUCAACCCUGCCUACGGCGAGGGGAAUUUCAAACAGUUACUUGGAGAGGCAUUUAGAAACCAGGAAUCGUUUGAACACGAGAGUGGAGCAACAUUACUUCGGUAUCCCUUCAGCUGUUGUAUACUGCCCAACUUUGUGAAGGACGAUUCCCACUUGAAGGGCUUGAAAGAUGAACUUUUGGACUUGCCCUUUGAGGAAAAGUCCAAUGAUCUCUACAAAUUUCAGCAGUCUGGUGCACUUCAGAAUGUCUCCUCCCCACAUAUAAUCGGGUUGAGAAAUUUUCUGUAUGAAAACUUUUUGGCCUGGCUGAGGAAAGUCACUGGUAUACCCCUAGAUGACACUGUGGAUAUGACCUGCUCGAAGUACAACUACACAGAUAGCUUGCUCUGUCAUGAUGAUGAACUAGGAGGUAGGAGGAUCGCCUUCAUUCUGUACCUGGUCCCACCAUGGGAGGAGAAAGACGGUGGAGCCCUUGACCUCUUCAAGGUCGAUGAGCACGGCCAGCCCAGCCAGGUAGUGAAAUCCCUGCUUCCAAAAUGGAACAACUUUGUGUUCUUUGAGGUCACUCCAGUGUCAUUUCACCAGGUUGCAGAGGUGCUGGCCCAAGACAAAUGCCGUUUGUCGGUCAGUGGGUGGUUCCAUGGACCUCCUGUGGAUAGGCCAGCACCGUACGUGGAACCCAGAUUGGCGCUUCAGUCACACUGUACUCUACAGGAAGACGAGAUCUUCGAGUGGAUCAGCCCCCUAUACCUAGACCCCCUGAGCCAGUCAGAAAUCCAGGACCGUUUCAGCGACGACUCGGAAAUUCAGCUGGAGAACUUUCUGCAGAAGGACAAAUAUGAACUUGUUAGCAAGGCUGUAGCAAGCAGCGACAUCAGGUGGCAAAGGAUAGGACCGGCAAAUAAAAGGAACUACGAAAGAGCUGACGUGUCUACGCUGCCACAGAUCUUGCUGGAUUGUCUCAACGUGCUCCGGUCCGAGCACAUGUUCCUAACCCUGUCCAACUUCACCGGUCUGAAAUUGCACGAACACGCCCCGAACAAUGACAGCGAUGAUGACAGCGACGAUGACAGGGACGAGAGAGAGGAAAGUUCGGAGGAGGAGGCAGAUAAGGAAAGCAGAGAUGAGGAUGCUACUAGAAAUGCCAAUGUAGCAGAUGGAACUGAAGCAGAAGAGGGCAUUGUUAUAGUCAGCAAGCCCACACCGUAUAAUCCACGGUGCCGAGCUGAAGUCAGACGAUGGAGUCACGGCUGCUACACCCUCCUGCACGACACCGACACGGAAGGGUCAGAGUUUGCUUUGGACGCGGUCAUCCACUUUGGCUGCCCCCCAGAUUGGCAGACGCAUCAUGGAGGUUACAUUUCCUACAUAGCAAAGGCAGAAGAUGAAGAGCUCCUCAGUGUUAGCCCUGAAAGUAAUGGCCUGUCGCUGGUGUAUCGGGACAAGGAAACGUUGAAAUUCGUCAAGCAUCUCAACCACAGGUUCACCGAGUGCAGCAGCGAAGGUGACGGGGAACCAGCUAUUUAUGACAUACAGCUUGUGUAUUAUGAAUAGCAAACUGUCGUGAGGAUCAGAGCAGAGCUUGAGGUCGCGGCUGCUGUUUCUGUCUUGCGCGGUGCACGGUCUCACUCUGUGAUGUGCAUCAGCAAACUGAUAGCCCACACAUGGUGACACCGGCAGCAUAGAAUAGCACAAGACAUGCAUACUGCCUUCCUUACAAGAGCCACAGAGAUGGUCAGUGUGUUUGCAUGACCAGUUUUCAUCGCUAUGAGUACAAACCCGCAGUGCAUUUAUGUGGAUACCAGGUAAACAGAUGCAGUGAUGUUAAUUAUCGCUGUGUUAUUAUCAAGUGGGUACAUAUACGAGGUCUGUAGGAAGCCCAAUGUCAGCUGAUAAGAACAUCCAUUCUCCCAAGGGGCAACAUUGCAUUGGUUACUGUGUCUUAAGCCAUGGCCGAAUUGAGUGUUGAAAGGCUGAGGCUUUGGAGUUUGCCCAUGAUGUGCCAUGGGGACUAGCUGUUAAGCCAUGGGCAGCAAUGCUAGUCAUGGUUGUGGCUUUACUAUGCAGUAGGUCCUCCGGACCGUAGAAUCAUUCGGUCCCACAGACAAGCAAGCCAGGAACCAGACGAGACUGAUGGUUCGGGAUGUCCUUGCUUUGCGUUUCAUGAACUGGAAACUUGUCAGGAAAAAAGAUGCCAAAAGUUGAAAGUGUCUGUGAACGACAAUACUGUGCCCAAAUUACCUCUUUGUAAGGGGGAUAAAAUCAUUCUUGCUGAGUUACAACCUAUAAAACAUUCAAGUCUGAUCUCAGUGACCUUUAUGAAAUACGAUAUUAACCACAUGCUGCCGGGUGGUUUGAAAAAUGCAGUGCACACAUACAGGCAAAUUUCAAGAUUUUCAGUUUUCAAA